CGGCCCAUUAGGCCGAGGGAGGGAAGAGCCAGGGGCCCGCCUUAACCACGCUGCCUGGCAGUGAUCAAAGACAGCCAUGAGUGGGGACUCUCUGCUCCCGUAUCACACGGCCCAGAGCAGCACCGGGCUGGGCCUGUUCAAAAGCACCAUGGGUGAGCUGCAGCAGCAACUGCACAACGGCGAAUACGACAUAUUCAAGUACGCGCCGAUAUUCGAGAGCAAAUUUAUCCAGAUCACGAAGAGGGGACACGUGAUUGACGUGCACAACUGUGACUGCACGGUGACCGUGGGCAUCACAUCCACCAGCCCCGUCCUCCCACUCCCAGACAUCAUGCUGCUGGCCCGACGGGCCACCGGCUGUGAACAGCACGCUGAGCACAGCCAGCCCACCAAGGGGAAGAGCCACAAGGUUGCCAAGACCUUAGAGCUCACCAGGCUCCUUCCCUUGAAGUUUGUGAGGAUCUCCAUGCACGACCGUGAGAAACGACAGCUGCGCGUGAAGUUUGCCACUGGCCGCUCCUUCUACCUGCAGCUGUGUGCCCCUCUGGACGUGCAGGAAGACCUCUUCGCCUACUGGGAAGAGCUGAUUUACCUCCUGCGACCACCAGUGGACGGUCACAGCCGCACCUACGCCGUUCCAGCCGGGGACAUGAUCUGCAGGACUCUAAAAGUCUGUGAGCCUGGAACCAGCCCUCAUGGAGCAGAGCUGAAGAAGAUCUUCAAAUGA